GAUUUUGACCCUAGCUGAGUUUUUUUUUUUCGUCCAGUACAAACUUGAGGAACAUUCCAGCAUCGACAGAAAAUGACAGAUCGUGCGGGCACUCGGAUGCAAAGAGGAGCGCCUCUCUCGCGAACGCUGAGUGACUACAAAAGUCAGCAUUACAAAAGCCACCGACCCCGCUUGCGUACAUGCUCUGGCGUUUUGUCGGACAUUCAUCAUGGUAGUACGAGUGCCUCUGUAUCAGAACAACAAGAUCCACAUGGAAGCUCUCAACAGGAGCCACCUUUGGUAACCGGUGCUAUCCACUUACCGCCACUACGGACUGCCUUGCUCAACAAACCACAAGGGUUAUCGGACAGUGAUAUGUUGUUUAGUACGACAGCUACGACUACUAGCACACCAUUCGGAGCAGGCCCAUUAUUCCAGUCAGGAGGGUCCUCUUCAUCAAGCAAUCCAUAUGGUCUGGCACAGCAACCGAAUGUCGCAUCCACUACCAAUGUUGCACUGGCACCACCACCACCACCACCACCACCACUGCCGAAGACCCUACUAUUAAGGCUCAACUUUCAUUGGUCAUAGAGGUUGGUCACUGAAAUCGAAGAGGGUCCCUCUGAGAGAACAGGGGAAAAUGAAGGGAAAGGGGAGAGCCUUGGAGGAGGUCUCUUCCGUUCAGAGUCAGUGACCAAUGAAUGCUGAGCUUUAAUACUAUCGCCCAUAGAAGAUGCAAAUGUUGGCGUGCCAGGCCAGGUCAGUGAAAAAACGUCAUGGAGCAAGCGCAGGCCGAGCUCGGGGCUUCAGCGUGUGCACCAUCGUCUUAGUCGGCUAGCGGCAGAGGCGGGGACAGCAGAGGGGGGG